UUGUCACGGAUUUAUCAAACAAUAAUUUCGUAUCUUAUGACUUGUCCAAUGUUCACUUUAAGCGUAGGACCUUUUGCAACAUCACACUGGCUAGGUGUAAUAUAACUUUCGUGAAAACAAAAGAGAAUAUCUUACAAACAGGGAUGCAAUAUGGCGGCGGAGAGGUGGUGCUUAACAAUUCUACCAUGAAUCAACACCCAUUUCAGUUAAUAUUUGGAUCUAGCAUUGAGUCGCUUCGAAAUUUGCACCAGUAUGAACUAAUUGGCAAAUUAACGUUUGAGAAACUUGACUUGUGAUUGUACUUUGGGAGCGCUAUUGAUCGGAGAUAUUGAGGUGUUUAAAAGAUUUUAUUACUUACCAGACGACGGCUUGUAUUGAUCGGAGAUAUUGAGGUGUUUAAAAGAUUUUAUUACUUACCAGACGACGGCUUGUAUUCCUGUUCAUCACCCGAGAAUCUGAAGAAUUUCAAUAUUUUAAAUGUAUUUAAUGAUUCCUCGUUAUUAGAUAUGUUUGUAUGUCCAAAUCUGAAUUUUUGUCCUUCAUCUUGUUCGUGUGCAGAACAACCUAGUCGAUAUCGGAUGAUUGUGGACUGUUCUUUUCAAAAUCUCACAAGUCUUCCAUCAUAUCUUCCUGAAAGUAUUUACAACAUAGAACUGAACUGCAGCAACAACGCCAUUACAGAAGUAAAGCCUGUCAACUAUCUCAGGAAUAUCACCGUCUUAGACUUAUCCGGGAACCAAAUCACAGAGAUAUCGGACACAGUUCUUCCCAAACUUAAAAUCCUGGAAAAGCUGUACAUUACGGACCACAGUCUACCAAAACUCACUCCAGGAUUUGCAGACAUUGAUGCUAGUAUGAUCUGGUUUGGAACAAACAGCGUGCCAUGUAGUUGUCAGGAAAAAUGGAUCAGAGCAUGGAGAUUAGGGUCAAAGGUCAAUAGUUCAAAUCCCCUACUGUGUCGAACAGAUUCGCAUGGUAUUCUUCAUGCCGAGAUAGCGUUUGACAGUUGUUUAGAAAAUGAAUUCGACAAAACAUUUUUCACUUUGUUUCUCAUUCCUGCUACAGCUUUGAUCGCCAUAUUUAUGGUCAAAGUUUUAAGGUUUUAUGCCAUAAUGGUAAAAAGUCGUUUUACAAAAAGUAAGAACGGACAUUAUUGCUAUGAUGUUUAUUUUCUGUUUAACGAUACAAAUUCAGAUAUUAUCCAGUAUGUACUUGACAUCUUUGGGUAUCUUCAACACAGUGGCUACGAGUGUUUUGUUCCACCAAUUCAUGAAGAUUUCGGCGACGUUCGGGAAGUCCAACUGUAUGAGAAUAUUAAGAAAAGCCGCUCGGUAUUGGCGAUCUUGUCAAUACCGAAAGAUGGUGACGACAUAAACGAAGUGCUUUUAGGGAUGAACCACGCAUGGUCUCAAAUUGAAAAUGUUAUUGCGGUUGUCUUCGAGGGGACACUUGCAUACCAGAAGAAACGCUUUCCGUUUUUAGGUGCUUUAAAUCGAUUUAAUCGUGUUUUCAAAGUUACCAGUCGGAAGUGCAGAGUCCAACAAAAACUUACAGAGGCACUUCCGGUACCACGUCGUAAUUAAACAGACAAUACAAAAAACUAUUUCUGGACCAUUUUAAAGAGU